AUGCCGAGAAAUCCAUCUCAAACACCCCCGUUUAAUGGUUAUGUGACAAUGGCGAAUGCAAAUUUUCCAAGUGGUGGUGUACCUGAAUUUCCCGAGUUUUCAACACAACUAACUAUUGGUGGCAUGAUAGUUUCUAAUGAAGUCGCUCCAAAUUCAGAGGAUUCAACUCCUAAGAGCAGGAAAACUCAGCAACCAGCAUGGAACACUGAACAAAAUUUGGUGCUAAUUAGUGGGUGGAUUAAAUUUGGAACAAGCAGUGUUGUCGGGAGAAACCAGAAAGGUGAAACAUAUUGGGGUAAAAUUGCUGAGUAUUGUAAUGAGCAUUGCUCAUUCGAUCCUCCGCGUGAUGGACCUGCAUGCCGAAACCGUUUUAAUUAUAUGAACAAAGUGUUGGGUAAAUGGAUUGGCGCUUAUGAUGGCGCUAAGCGUAUGCAAGGAAGUGGUUGGUCGGAGAAUGAUGUUUUGGCAAAAGCGCAGGAAUUAUAUGCAUGUGGGAAGAAUGUUAGAUUCACUUUAAUGGAAGAAUGGCACGCUCUCCGUGAUCAACCACGUUAUGUUAGUCAAGUAGGAGGAAAUAUUGGCUCAGGAAGUAGUGGAUCUAAGAGAUCUCGCGAGAGUGAUGCAUGUGGCUCAAACACUGUAGAAUCCAGUGCUCGUCCUAUAGGAAGGGAGGCAGCUAAAAAAAAGGGUAAAAAGAAAAGCAAGGAAUAUGCCUCGGAGGUGGUGGACAAAGAAUGGGCUGAAUACAAAGAAUUCAAGACGAAAGAGCUUGAACGAUUGGACAACAUAGCCUUGAUGCAACAGCAGGCUAACAAUAUAGCCUUGGAAAAGACUAAAACCAAGAAAAUGAAGAUGUAUCUAAAGCUAACUUCCGAAGAGCAUCUAGAUGACCGGAAGAACCAGCUGUUGAAAAAGUUGGAGGCAGAACUGUUUGAUAAUUAA